UCGACCCCGGGACUAAUGGGUCGUAUGAAGAACCCUCCCCGGUGCCGACAAUGAUAGGAUCCACAAAACCAAUGCCAAAAGAAAAAGCACCCUUCUUAUAGCUACAUUUACUUUUACAUUUAUUCAAGAUGAUGACACGUCUUGUCCCGUUCCUCGUGUUACUCUUUGUGACAAAUGGUGUGUCUGCCUUUCAGGCGCCGCUGGGCCGCGCUUCGGUAGUGGUGAAACCAAGCAAUGCCUUUUUGGGGUCUUCCGCCAACAAAGAUGGACCUCUCUUCAUGUCGACCACCAACAGCACAAAUGAAGAAACACCAGCAGUAGCACCCGUCUCCUCUCCACCAACUACUACUAGUGAAUCACAAAAAAGUAGUGACGAAGUCGAUUUGACCAAAUUGGGCAUUCAAGCGGCCGUGGCAGUGGUCUCGUUAUUGGUGGUCUUCUCUAUAGGAUCGUCGCUGUUUUCGGCCGCCACGGGUGUCGCUUCGUCGGUAGCGGGUGCCUUUGGCGCGGAAGUAGCAAGAGAAGCCGCUCAGGUCGCCGGAUUGUUGGCGUCCGUCUUGGUGGCCGUGCUCACAGCUGUCUGGAAGGGAUUGACCAUUGCCCUUCCAGCCAUUGGCAAGGGACUCUACUCGUUUGGACAAGCAGCGGCACCGGUCGUUCAAAAAAGUGCGCAAUCCUUGGGAGAAGCCGCGUCGCCAUAUGUCGAUGAACUCAGUCAGGCCGCCGCUCCGUAUGUCGAUCAAGUCAAUUCCGCCGUGGAUUCGCAAAUUGUACAACCCACUAUGGGAGCCAUUGAUGCGACUGUCGUGGCACCCAUUACUAGUGUGACCAGCGCUGUCGAUUCGACCAUCAAGGAAGCGACUGAUACAGUGACGAGUGCUGUGGAUUCGACCAUCAAGGGAGCCACGGAUACCGUCACCAAUUCCGUCAAUGCUAAAAUCAAUGAACUCAAUGAGGCAUUGACUGGAAACUAACCAAUGUACACACACAAUCGUAUGACACAAAAAAGAAGUAAAAAAUCAAUUUGCUAAAGACAAAUUUAUCAUGCACCAACCACAACAACAAAAAUGCACCCCCACCAUGCUUGUUUCUGUGGUCCAAUCAACCGAGUCACCAUGUGUCACGGUGGAGUUUCCUGGCUGGGGCACUAAAAAAUGGUUUGCACUUAUUUGGUUACUGGCUAGGCGGACACGAACAAUCUACCUCUUUUGGAGAGCCACGGCACUUUACCAAACAGUCAGCAAACUUGGCUACACCAUUCACUUUUUAGAGACUACUUACUUACUGCCACUACUACUGCAGCCGAAAAUUUAGAAAAGGAAUCGAAUCAAUCUGAAGUCUCCUUCAGUGGACG